GCAGAGUUAACAUUGCAUUGUUUUUCUUCUGAUUGCAAAGCCCGCGAAGAAAUUAAAGUUACACACGGAAUACGGCGUUAUAUUUCGGUUUGCACGCUUUAAAAACAGUGUGUGAGACUUUAUGGAACAUGGCUGAGUCGGAACUUUACAUGCAGUGUGAGGAGGAAGAAUUGGCGCCCUGUCAAAAUAACACAGAUGAGGCUGAUCAAACAGUAAACAUAAAUAAUGCAGUGCAAAAUGGGUGUGAAGUAUUGUCAGCGGCACCUCCUGAUUGCACCCUUGUGGUAUCGCCUUCUGUUUCCUCUGCCCCAACUCCUUCCAUGGGUGGUAUUAAGACAACAGUUCUGCCAAUUGCUCCUGCUCCUGCUGUUCACAAGCCACUUUUGUCCAGUGUCCUGCAACCUAUUCAGAUAGCUGCUGGUGGAAACCCUGGCCAGUCUAUCUACAUCGCUUCACAGGCCCCUUCAGGCACCCCUCAAAGCUUUGGAAGCCCAAUAGGUUACAUCCUCCCUGCUGGUCAAGCUGUCACUUUUUUAACUCCCGCCCAGACAGGUCAGUUCAUCACUCAGCAGCUUCCUGCACCAUCAGCCAUGCCACGAGCAGUGACUCCAGGAAACUUCUCCACAGUUCAGAUCCCAGUCACCCUUACCAUCCGUGGUGCCUCUGGUGUGCAGAGCAUCGCCACUGUAGCCUCUAGUAGGAUGACUGGUCUUGGUGUCACACCUUCCAACCUACCUCCUCUCUCCUCUCCAGCCAUCUCUGGCACUACAGUGAGAUUUACUACCCCUCCACCUUCUGCACCACCAGUUGCUGGUCAGGUGGGGAGCCCACAAUUGCAGCCUGCAAAGGUAGUCCCAGUCCCAGCCCCAGUGUCCACCAAGGCCCUGUCUCCCUGUGCUCUGGCAGCAAAGCCCCAAGCCCAGACCUCUACUCCCAGUACCUCUGUUAACACCAAGGUAUUUCAGAAUGCAUCCAGACUACCACAAACAUGUUCCACCUGUGGCACCUCUUACAAAACUGUGCAAUCUCUCCGUGGCUAUGUUUGUCAAUGCAAUCCAGAACUUAUUAAGAGCAUCCAGGCAUUGUCCCUCCAUCCCAAAAAAAAGAAGACCAAACGCAUUAGCAUCUCUGUGCGUUCCACCCCCUCCUCGCACAAAACCUCAUCCUCGAUGUCCAUCGGCAGUAGACAUCCAGUAGCCUCCCCACCCGUUCCUCUGAAACACAUUACCACGUCUGAGAUCCCAGAGGGAGCUCCCAGCCCUGGCACCGGGGACUAUGACCAGCACGGCAAGCUCAUCAUCCUGGUGGAAGACUUCUACUACGGGAAGGACCCUGGACAACCUGUCGUCAUAGAAACCAGCCAGGUGCCAGUCAUGAUGAAAUGCCAUCUCUGCGACAAGAAGCUAAAGAACAACGUCAAGCUGAUGAACCACAUGAAGCACCACAUGGAAAUGGAGCGGCAGAGGGGUGAUGUGGACUGCCACAUCAUGUGCCAGCACUGCUUCCGCCCGUUUGGCACCCCCUUUACCCUGCAGUGCCACUUGGAGACUGUCCACAGCCAAGUAGAAUCCACCGCGGUCUGUAAGAUAUGUGAGUUGUCCUUUGAAAACGAGCCACUGUUUCUGAAUCACAUGAAAAACGUGCACAAGCCUGGUGAAAUGCCCUACAUAUGUCAGGUUUGCAAUUUCCGGUCGUCUUUCUACCAUGAUGUUGUUGUUCACUUCCGAGAGAUCCACAAGGACUCAAACAACCUCCUGUGUCCCUAUUGCCUUAAAGUGUUCAAGUCUAGCAACAGUUACCAGAUCCACUACAGUAAGCAUCAGAAAAAAUCAGUACUGCAUUGCGACAAGUGCCGACUUCAGUUCCUCUUCUCAAAGGACAAGGCAGAUCAUAAGGCAUUAUAUCAUCAAACUCACCUGAAGCCCGCACAGCUGAUGGGGCUUAAACCUGGCACCAGGGUAACCAUCCGGGCCUAUUCCAUGACUAAGACGGAUGAAAACAUGGGAUUUAAAGGACCAAGCAACACUGCUCGAAGCCCUACUGUGAAAGAGGUCUCACCAACCCCUGUAACCCCAACAACCCCCAUACCUGCACACUCAGUUCCUGCACCUCAGAAUGCUAUCCAGAAAAUCAUCCAUCCAAAGAGGAAGCCUGUUGAGAGCAUGUUGGAUCUCCUUGCCAGAUUUCAGAGCCAUUGUGAACCACCAAAAAAACAGUUGUGCAUGGAAUGUAACUUCGAGAUUCCAGAUUUUUCCCGACACUUUCCCACUUUUGUACACUGCUCCUUGUGCCACUAUAGCACCUGCUGCUCAAGAGCUUAUGCCAACCACAUGAUUAGCAACCAUGUGUCUCGCAAAAGCAACACUAAAUACCUGAACUUGUACAAGCCCUGUCCAAGGAUGGGUCAGCUAAGCUGCUGUUCAUGUGAUUACACCACUCAGGUUGGAGAUCUAAUGGCCAAGCAUCUGGUUGAUUAUCCUGGUCACUGUGCUAGCCUCUUCAAGUUCAAUGAGGGAUUUUCACGUGGCUAUAAAAGAUUUGUCUUCAUACCAACGGACCUGAUUAGGGGGGGUCAAGGGCUCAAUACUGGGACAUUCAUGCCUCUCCAGGUAUUGCAAGUGAGUCGGAGUUCACUUCCCCACCCCACUAAACCAGCCACCCAACCCAACCAUUGCAUAAACCUCCCUGUUAGCUCUGUCCAUAUUCCAUCAAUUCCUAUUCAAGUGCAGCCUGUAGAUCAAAGCACUGUCCCUGAUGAGAACUGUGGGACAGAGCCAAAGGACUCAACACUAGAAAACAGAGAGCUUCCAAGUGGAUCCCCUACAGAGCCAGAAGAUACUACAAUAGAGCACCUUACUUUAGCCCAGCUCAAGAUCGUACUCUACGCCCUGUGCUUUGGUGUUCCUCAGGCAGCCAACCACUUUGACACUCAGCCAAGAGAAGUUCAGUCCUUGUUACUCAAGCGUCAGCUUCAACUUGGCUCCCCAAAAAGCAGAGAAGGUUUGAUCCCCCGGGCAAGUGACCGGCUGGCUGAGUGGGUGUUAUGUCAGCGUGAACAGCAGCUACCUGUAGACGAAGGCAACCUUUUCUCUAAAGCUUCAGAGUUCAUGAGCACUGAUGGUGGACCAGGCAUUACUUACCAGUGGGCAGUGGAUUUCCUGCUGCUCCAUGACCUAGGUCUGCAAGCUUUGGUCACAUCCAGACGCCUGCUACCCCAUAAAGCCCAAGAGCGUGUGUACUCUUUUACUCACUUUAUAAACAAGCAGGUCACCUCACAAAGCUUUGGUAUGUCAGUCAUUGGUGCCAUGGAUGAGCUCUCUAUUUUCAUAGACAUGGAGCAGCUUGAUCCAGCCUCAGCUGACUCUUCUUCCAUGAUGUCUACCUUCAAGUUGGUGGGAGAAACAGAUCCACUUAUGGAUGUUGUAUUUGCGGCCUUAGCGGAUGGCACCAUGCUUCCGACCAUGGUGUUUCUCAGGGGCGAGCCCCUCAGCCCAGAUGCACCAGCCCUGCCGGACAUCAUUGUCUUAGAGGCAAAGCCAGAGGGAUUUUCAGAUGAAGAAAGACUCCAGCUGUGGCUUGAUAAAGUUUGGCGUCUGCACUUAGACCCAAGCUCUGGAGGGAAGGGAUUGCUGGUUAUGGACACCUACCGUGGACACAUAACUAAUGACUUCCUUGCAUCACUCAACAGUGCCAACACUCUUCCAGGCAUGGUGCCACGUGCUUGCACUUCUCGUCUUCAGCCUCUGGAAGCCUGCAUUGGGCCAGUGUUUCGUGAGUUCCUCCAAGCACGCUGGAGCCAGCAUGUGACUGAAGCACCACAAGACCUGAUUGGUGCUGAGCCUGCUGACCUGGCUCUAUUACUCUCAGCAUGGCUCACUGAGAUGCUGGAUGUCUUGGCGGCAAAGCCAGAACUUCUUCAGCAAUCCUUUCAUCAGAUGUUGAACACUAAUCCAGAGAUGACACCCACAGGACUGUCUGAGUUAGUGCGUAAUUUAACAGAGGCCCUGGUUGUCACUGCACUUCAGGACCAAGAAGAUGAAGCAGAAGCUAGACAGAAACGCAGGAAUUCUGAGGUUGCUUCUCCAACCUCUCUGCCCUCCCCUCCAGCCAAUCAAGCUUUAAAAAAGAUCUUUGAGAAAGAUAGUGAUCUUGAAUCUUUCCAUGGCUUUGAAGAUGCUGAAAUGAUGGACUGCUAAUUUCAUUAAAAUGGCAUGCAAUGAUGUUGCUCCAAAUAGGUCAGUUUUAUGACAAGCUUUUCAAGGGUUUUUUUUUUUUUUGUCACCGAGCAUUAUUUUUGAACACAAAAAGAACAUUAGUUCUUGACUAAUGUGAUUAAUCAAGUUGUGACUUUAUGAUUUCAUAUUCUUUUAUAAUUAUUACCACAGAUGGAAACAAUUUGUUGGCUUUGUUGCAUGUAUGUUUGUUUUGUUUUUGUUUUAUGUAUUGGUAUAGAUAUUGCAAUGACAUCUACAAUAUUGAUAAUGUAAUUUAACAUAUCUUGAAAGUAAUGGCUAACAAUCAUGAGAACCAUAAUUAGCAUAUUUGUCAAGGGCUUUCAGAUAACUUGUAGCCCAGUGUAUUUAAAUAGUUAUGUCUGCUGUAAAACUACUGAACUGUUUGUCUUUAUUUUCUUUUGUCUAUUUAGUAUAUUACUGUUGUUAUUUCAGGAAUAUUAACUCUGAUUAUGCUGUUAAAAUCUGCAUCAAUUUACAAAUUACAGUCCACCUGUCCCACUAUCAAAGGAUAUUUGUUACAAAGGAUAUACUGUAUUUAAGGCCAUAUGUAAUAAAAGGGCUCUGCUAUAUAAUAAACCUUUUUUAAUCUCUUA